AUGGACAGUCAUCCCUACAGGACCCACGGGUCUGCGAUUCUCCAGAUCAUGAUGGUAACAGAGUUAUUACUCGAAAUCACUCCUGGACCGCUCUUUGGGAAAAGUACCACAUGGUAUACUGACAAUGACGAAGUCCGGAAGUUAGAAAUAACUAGUCCUGAGGCCCAGGAGCCUUAUUGUACAUGUGUACAGAGAUGUAAUCCACCUAGAGGACUUGGAAAAAUUGACUGUGUUAAUGGGACGUAUGUGGGGAAUCAUACAGUUUGUAACAAAACUAUAGACAUUGGAACUUCAACUUCUGUUAAUACUACAGCAUGGCCAGUGCCGGAAGGAAAAGGAUGGUACUGGCUAUGCAAUGACACUGCCCGGAAGGUUUUACCAAAGAAUUGGAUGGGAACACGUACUUUGGGAGCAGUGGUUCCGAAUAUGAGUAUACAUAGUUCUCCACCAAAAGGAUGGGUGCGAACACACUUUUGAAGGAUUAGACGAGAUGUUGAGAAUCCUUUAGUAAAGAGGCCUACUGCCUUUCAUAGUUUUGCCCGAUGGUUUCUUCCAUGGUUGGGAGUGAGUGAGUUAGAAAAAGCCAUAGUUAACAUUUCAGCAGUAAUAGAAAACCUUGAGAAUAGAACAAUUGAUGCAAUAAGAGCCCAACAAUUAGAAAUAUCCAGUUUAUCUCACAUUGUACUACAAAAUAGAAUGGCAUUAGAUCUAUUAUUGACCUCUCAGGGUGGAGUAUGCACAGUUAUAAAUACGAGUUGUUGCAUGUAUAUAGAUCGAAGUGGAAGGAUCUCCACCGACUUAGAAGAAAUUUGGAAACAGACCAAAAUACUACAUGAGAUAACAAAGGAUGACCUCUCAUGGGGAUUUAAAGAAUUGUGGGACAAACUAACAUCCUGGCUACCAAAUUUCUGGUGGCUAAAGCAAAUUUUUAUUAUGGUUAUAAUUUUAAUGACUUUAGGAAUGAUGGUCUGCAUUAUGCUUAAGUGUUUUGUGUGGUGUUGUCAGGGCAAGGUAGAAAAUUACGAAAGUUGGAAACGAAAUAAAAUCAGACAUCAAGUAGAAACUGGAAAAUAUUUUACACGGUCUCUCGGAAGUAAUGGA